GUUACACACUUUACAAAUAAAAAGUUCGUAAACAGAAGAAGUGGUGCGCCGGCGUAAAAGUGUUUAUGAGUGCACAAAUAGCAGUAUUACGUGCACAUGUACUUUCCUGACAGCUUUUUUUUGUUUUGUUUACUGUGCAACUGUUGUUUAAAUUUGCGUAAAGGAAAGGCACACCGAAAGUGUUGAAAGUGUUUCAAUUUUCCAGUGCACCUGCUCUGUCCCGUCGUCUCGGCUGAGUGCGCUGGCACUUCAAGCCACAAAAGUGUAAAGUGCAUGCGGCAGCACUACCCUCGGCGAUCUUUUUGUUUUUGUUGCUAUUCGCGUCGCUGAAUCUGCGAUUCCCGCGCCUCCGCCGACGCGCAGCCACCAACCCAACAGAUUCUCCAAAGCAAGAAUUUGCGCGCUUCUUUGUGAUUGUUGCCGCGCUCUAAUUGCAAAAGUUUCGCGCGUGUGUGUGUUGCCAUUUUGGUUUUUUGUUUUCUGUUUUGUUUUUGUUUGGCUCUCCUUAACUUUAAAACUUGUGCUGCUUUUGGACGCCCCACCGCACCGCAAAUGAGCAGCCCCAACUUUCCACAAUGAUGACAAUGACUGCAACUCCGGCCUCGAUGUCGACAUCGGCAUCGGCAUCGACGGACUGCGGCAGCAGCAUGCAGGGCUCCACGACCAGCUCGGCGGGCAGCGAUGUGAUGACGCUGACCACCACGGCCGCCUCCUCGUGGUGCGCCAUGCCGACGAGCUCCCGGCUGCGGGUCCUGCGCCUGGUGCGGCCACACCAGCGUCGCCUGCUGGUCGGUGGCCCGGAGCGUGCCAGCACCUAUGGCUUUGCGGUGCGCGGCGGCAGGGAGCACGGCACCGGCUUCUUUGUCUCCCACGUGGAGCAUGGCGGAGAGGCGCAGCUCAAGGGAUUGCGGAUUGGCGACCAGAUACUGCGCAUCAAUGGCUUUCGGCUGGACGAUGCUGUGCACAAGGAGUUCAUUCAGCUGGUGGGCAGCCAGGAUCGCAUCACGCUCAAGGUGCGCGGCGUGGGCAUGCUGCCAGUCAGAGAUCAACCCGAGGAGCGGCUGUCGUGGAGCGUGGUGAAGCUGCCCAGCGUCAGCGGCACGCCCUCGGAGAGCUCCUUCAAGACGGAGCGGCGGAGCGCGGCGAGUCGCGACAUCAGCGUGGUGCUGCACGUGGCGCCGCGCACCAAGCUGGGCCUGGGCAUCUGCAAGGGGCCGGAGUGGAAGCCGGGCAUCUUCGUGCAGUUCACCAAGGAGCGGAGUGUGGCGCGGGAGGCGGGCCUGCGGCCGGGCGACCAGAUCCUCAGCGUCAACAGCAUCGACUUCUCGGACGUGCUCUUCAGCGAGGCGGUGGCCGUGAUGAAGAGCUCCAGCAAGCUGGACAUGGUGGUGCGCACCGCGGCCGGCUGCGACCUGUUUCCGGGCGAGUCGAGCGGCUACAACAGUUCGGCGAGCUCCGUCACCGGAGACCAGAGUCCCUGCUGGGCCGAUGCCAAGUCCAAGCGGCUGACGGCGGUGCGCGAGGAGGCGCCGGUGCAGGUGGCUUCCGGCUCAGCCUCCUGGUCGCAGCCACAACCGGCCAUGCCCGGCAAGCAGCUGAACAAAACCAUCAUUAAGCUGUCCGAGAAUGGCACCUCCAUCAACAACACGUUCAUAGCCAGCCACAGCAGUUCCACGCACGUCAUGAGGCAGCACAAAAGUCACCAGAGAACAGCAGCAGGAGGAGCAGCAGGAGGAGCAGCAGGAGGAGCAGCAGGAGGAGCAGCAGGAGCAGGAUGCGCACCCAUUCCACCACCACCAAAGGCAGCAACGAAUGAGGCCAGUGGGAGCGGAGCAGGCGGCGCCAGCGAUGUGGCUGCGGGGGGCAGCAGCCUCUCCAGUGCCAUAACCGAGGAGCUCAAGAAGCGCAAAGAGAAGCAGCGCCACAACCGCGAGCUAAAUCAUAAUUCACACAAUGGCAGCAGCAGCAGCCACCGCAACAGCCAGAGCCAGAGCCAAAGCCAGAGCCAGAGCCAGAGCUGUGCGGCUGCCCAAGUGUUACAGAGGCAGCGGGGCAAUGCAGCAGCAGCAGCAGGACGAGGAGGAGGAGGAGGCACUGCAGCAGCAGCAGCAGCAGCAACAGGUGCAACAGCGAAUGGCGGCGAUCAGCACACGGCGCUGAUGGAUGAAUUCAAGCGAGCGCAUCAGCGAAUGUUCAGGAACGGGUUCCAUGAGAGUGAGCACAAGGAACGCGGGGAGACCCUGAAGCGCACUUCGAUAAUGCCAGACGAUAGCUGCUAUCGGAACAGCACGAUUCCCAGCAGCAGCAGCAGCAGCCGCACAACUUCCGCACAGAAUUCCAGUCAGCUUGGUGGCACGAAUGGAGCAGCAGCAGCAGCAGCGGCCAGCAAUGGGACACCGGAAUUGCCGCCACCGCCGCCGCAGUUUGCCAAUCCACAGCCCAGACCGCAAGUGCUGAAGCUAACCAAUGGCAAUGGAAAUGAAAGUGGAAAUGGAAAUGGAAAUGGAAGUGGCAGCGUAGCCAAAAUGAAACAGUCGCAGGCCAUGUCCCCGAUGCGCAGUGCCAGCAUCAGUGUGGGCGGCUUCCGGCCACCGGCAACACCACAGCCCGACUACGAUGCUGUCCAGCUGCGUGGCAAUCGAGGCACCACAUCAGCAGCCACAUCCCCAGCAGCGGCAGCAGCAGCAGCAGCAGCAGAAGGUUCUUUGCAGCAACGACGAACCCUGCGCCUGGGCACAGUGACCAUUGGGGAGUACGGGGAGCAGCGCACCAAGCGCGAGACGCUGAGAAAGGUGAACGGCGGCGACGCGGCUGCAGGAGGAUCCAAUGGCAUACUGAAGAACGGCAGCUCGAGUCGGAGCAGCGCCAGUUUCAGUCAGCACGGAGAGAAGACCAUCAAAUUUGGCAACUGAUUUGGGGACUCUGCUCCCCACGGAUCAGCAAUACUUUUGUGUGCAAUAUGCUCGACGGCUGGACUGGACUGGACUGGACUGGGCUGGGCUGCGGCAGCUUCGAAGAGAGUACAAAAUUGGAUGUGCAGAGGCGUGUCUUUUUUUUUUACGAAUUACAAUAGGAACUUUUUUUUUGAGCUUUCGAAGUGGCAGAGAUGGUUGGAGGACGGAGGAUGAAGGAUUUACUUACGAUUAGUUUGUAUUAAUAUUUAGUUUACUCUGUACAUAAAUGUAUUCCACACACACACACACACAGAAUACAGAAUAGACAUAAAUAAACGUG